UUCAGAAAUCCAAAGGCAACGUAGGUGACGCUUCAACCUGCGAUCUCUACUUCAUACAUUCUGGAAAUGUUUUUAUGGAACAGCAGGAAGCUGCCGAGCUGAGUGAUCUCGAAGGCUCCUCUGUCUCGCUCACUUUUCUCACCAUCUUACUUGCUUGGUUGGUUGCCUUUCUCUGGUCUAACCAGUUGUUUAAAAAAAGGAAGGAAAGAAAGAAAAAGCUGGGGCGGAAGUUCCAUUCUCGUCAGCUGAUGCCAAAGUCAUGAGGCUUAAGAAGUGGGUUGGGUCUUACCAACUGCAAGUCGUUUUUUCUUCUUUUCCUGCUGGCUUCGAUUCUUGCCAUGUUUCCCCUUUUACUACUGCUGCUGCUGCUUCUGCAUGCAGGGUUUGGAUUACCAACUUUAUCCCAGAGGAGCUUUGAGAUUGAUUAUAACCGCAACAGCUUUCUCAAGGAUGGCAAAGCAUUCCGCUACAUAUCAGGCAGCAUCCAUUAUUCCCGUAUUCCCCAAUACUAUUGGAAAGACCGCCUCUUGAAGAUGAAAAUGGCAGGCCUUGAUGCCAUUCAAACGUAUGUGCCAUGGAACUUCCAUGAAUCUGAACCAGGAGUUUACAGUUUCACUGGUGAUAGAGAUCUUGAGUAUUUCCUGCAGCUUGCUGAUGAUGUUGGCUUGCUAGUCAUACUGAGAGCAGGCCCUUACAUAUGUGCAGAAUGGGACAUGGGAGGUCUACCUGCCUGGUUAUUAGAAAAAGAAUCUAUUGUUCUUAGAUCUUCUGAUUCGGAUUACUUGACAGCUGUAGGGAGGUGGAUGGGAAUCUUACUACCAAAGAUGAAGCUUCACCUUUAUCAGAAUGGAGGCCCAAUCAUUAUGGUGCAGGUUGAAAAUGAAUAUGGAAGUUACUUUGCCUGUGAUUUUGAUUACCUUCGUUACCUGCAGAAUCUUUUUCGCCAGUACCUUGGGAAUGAAGUGGUACUGUUUACCACUGAUGGUGCAGGCAAAAAUUUCUUGCGAUGUGGCACUCUUCAGGGUCUUUAUUCAACUGUGGAUUUUGGACCAGGGAGCAAUGUCACAGCAGCAUUUUUAACUCAAAGACUAAGUGAGCCUAAAGGUCCAUUGGUUAAUUCAGAAUUCUACACUGGCUGGUUGGAUCACUGGGGUCAUAAACAUUUUACUAUACCAUCAUCAAUUGUAGCUAAAAGUCUUAAUGAGAUCCUCGCAAGUGGUGCAAAUGUUAACAUGUACAUGUUCAUAGGAGGGACUAAUUUUGGCUAUUGGAAUGGAGCAAAUAUGCCUUAUUUGGCACAGCCUACUAGCUAUGAUUAUGAUGCCCCACUGAGUGAAGCAGGAGAUCUCACAGAGAAGUAUUUUGCUAUCAGGGAAGUCAUUAGCAUGUACAAGGAAAUACCAGAAGGCCCUGUACCUCCAACAACCCCCAAAUUUGCUUAUGGAGACAUUCCUUUGGUUAAGGUGGGUGCUGUGAGGGAACUUUUAAAUGACUUAUCACCAUCUGGACCAAUUAAAAGCAUGUACCCUUUAAAAUUUGUUCAAGUGAAACAGUACUUUGGGUUUGUAUUGUAUAGAACGAAGUUACCAAGAAACUGUAGUGAGGAAACUCCACUCUCUUCAAUGUUUGAUGGAAUUCAUGAUCGUGCUUAUGUCUCUGUGGAUGGGCAAUAG